CUUGCGUGCGCGCACGUCAAUCGUGUACCAACUCGACUCCAUCGAUCGAUCGCGAACUGUGUCGAACGUGCCGUUACAAAAGUGUUUCAUAAUCUGUGAUUGUUUACUUUUUUAAUUUACACACGAUUGGACCGGACCGUAUACAGCCAACGACUCAAAAGAGAUAUCGACCGUCUUCGAUGUGGCCCCUUACGAGGGCUGAGUGGGGACGUUAAAUAAACGAGAAACCAGACGACAAUGUGACGAAAGGUUCCCGCCUUUCAAGUGUCAGCCAUCUUGAUUUAUCACUGACAAACUGUGUUGCCAGAUCAAAAAUGGCGCUCCUAUGGUUAAUUUUAUGCUGCGCACUGCCACUUGCGCACGCGCAGUCCAACUACGGCUCCCAGGCCAACAAUAUCGAGUACACGGGAGACGACAAGCUUCCAGAACAAACGGUGCUUGAUGGCAAGGUGACACAAUUGGACGACCUGAGCCCAGUUAUCUUCUUGAACAGAACCAGAGCGACGUUGAAUUGUGCUGCUGGAUCUAUGCAGAUCGAGCUGAAGUUUCACGAGAAGUUCUACGGUAUUGCGUACGCGGAUUUCGAUCGCCAUUCGGCGUGCCAGGUGUCUGGCAAGGGAGCUACCUCCUACAAACUGGAACUGCCGCUAAAAGGAUGUGGUACCAAACAGGACCCUCUCCGUGUUUUCACGAACAACAUUGUGGUUCGGUUCCAUCCCGGCCUGGAGAUGGAUGGAGACGAGGUCAUCACGAUCGUGUGCCGAUAUCCGCCACCCAAAGUUGUCGCUGCGCCGAACCCAUAUUUGAAUCCAGUGCCAGAUCCCAGAGGACCUCUCCCUGCUCCGUUAGCUGGAACUUCUAUUUUGCUGAUCAUCUGCGCGAUCCUGUUCCUCACACUCCUGCUGCUAGGUCUUGGAGUGUCGUACCUUUGUCUUAGGAGGCGAGCGCUGCCCGUACCGCGAAGACUUAUCGAUGAUUCCUCAGCCUCUAUCAUUAGUAGAGAGAGUAUUCAAGAAGUGAAGAUACCCCGGGCGCAUCCAGUCUACCCGGUAGCGGCUGAGAGCGCGAGUGUAGUGUCUGACACCAUCCCGUCAGACUACCCGUCCGAAACACCCAGCGAGGCAGACCACGGUCAUACUAACCAGGCGUUUAUGAUCGAUGAAUAUCAGAGUGAGGGUUACAACGAAUCACACGAAGCGAGCGCAUCUAACUCCCGUAUGCACGCAGGCGUACCGCCAGCAUUCGACGUGCGAGUACGAGUACAAAGACCGCCCGCACCACCGUCACCCAUCUCGACUAUUACCACUACUGAAGUUGAUGGUGGAAGUAUGAGGCAAACCGCAAUGUUCGAAGAGCACGAGCGUCAAGAGUCGGUGCGUACAGUUUCUCCGGCAGCCUUGCCUCUACCAGCACGCGCGGCACACGCGAUACCACCCGAACGGCCGCCGCGUCCACCGGCACUUUACACCGAGGUCAAUCGCGAGAGACAGGAAUGGGCGCGACGUCCGCGCUCCAUCGCCUCGCUCAACACCGAGAUGACGGACACUCACUCCGUCACUGAAGUCACGGACAGAUCGCACGCCAGAAUGUUCCAUAUCAAGAAACCGGCACCGCCACCUCCAAUAAUGACAGAGCGUCUCCAAACCGAGGAACAUGAAACUCUCAUGGAAAGUUUGGAACCCAUUUCAGAAGCACCUAUUAUGCCGGCACGAAAACCGGAAAUAACCUCCCACAUGGUAGAUGACGUUUUCCUCCGAACAAUCACCGAAAAGAAGACAAUUGAAGACAUCGAACGCCACAAACGUCUGGUAACCGAAUACCGCCAGGUCCCGGCGCCACCGCCACAGUUUGACGUCACCAUCCGCAACCAUACAUUACCUGAAGCACAAUGGGAGAACUUCUCUGAUAUAAGUAGUGCUUCGGGCAUGACUCUUACACCGAAGAUGGAAAGAGUCCCGUUAUCGCUGCCGCCACAAAAGUUCAUUGGAAAAGGCGGUCCAGACCUAUUCUCUCCAGAGUUAAUCAAGCAGACGGGUUCAGUAUACCAACCAACGAUGUCUUCUGAUCUUCCACUUUUGCCCGAGCUACCACCAGCGCGUAAUCCAUUAUACAGAGAAGAAGAUGAUGAAGAUGUGCCUGAACCAACACCAGCGCCACCUGUGCCGGUGAACUGGAGUGUGCUGACUAGGGUACUGAAGACAGAAGCUCAGGAUGAGGUGCUGUCAGAAACCGAGCGUUCAUACCGUUUAACCCGGGAGGAGCGUCUCCGUUGGCGUGAACUGAUCACCCAUGAAAGCACAUUACGGCGGGAGCUGGCGCGUUCUUCAACUCGGGAAGAGUUUAGUAGAGUAGCGCAUGACCAUCGCUUUGCUCCGUUGUACACCCCUCCAAAAUGGGAGGUCAUAAUACGUAUAUUGGCACCACCUCCAGAUAAACCCAAGAACCGCUAUCGCAAGAAGUCAGAAUGGGAGUCACGUUCGCGUCGCAGCUCGUUACCAACGCUUUACGAAUACGACAGCGAUGCGACGUCCUUGCGCGAACCGCAACGCUCCAGGCGUUCUUCCUACCGCAGCGACCACGUAGAUAUGAGGUCGAUGUCAGAGAUGAUGGUAGACUACGCUCGGGAGCAAGCGGACACUCACUCGGAGGUGUCAGCGGGCACUUUACUUGGAAGAUACUACGAUGACGACAGUGACUCCGAACAUCCAUACAACCAGAAUCCAUCCUGGCGACACUCGCUACAUCGUUCCGUGAGUCAACCGUCACUGGCGCGUUCCUCAAAUGAAAUGAUGGAGCAAUGGACCGCGCCCGAAGGAGAUAUUACCCCUACCCCUGGACGCAGACUAAGAGGUGCUCAAGGACUGUCGACAUUCACAUCGUCCGAAGUACGUACGUUCCAAGCCUCGAGGGAAUGGAGGGAAUAAAUUUCAUUACUUAUACUUGCAUACAUACAGAGACAAGAAUUAUUAAACUGGCAAAUCGCAAUAAAGAACCUUAUUUGUAGACGAUGAAAUUCUCAACCGUAUUCAACGAAUCGUUAUAGAAGAAAAAAAAAUAGGAUAAAGUACCGUAAAUCCAAUUGUAACGAAAAUUUGACUUUUUUCCUUAUUUGUAAAUCAAUGUUAACUCUCAACAAUUUGGUCAUUACUAUAAGGUUUAUCCACCCCUUUUUUAUCUGCUAUGUGCGAAUUAGGUUUUUUUUAUAAAUUUAAUGCCCGUUUCAACUACACCUAGGAAUCGCUUUAAUGGUGCGCCUGGUUAUAUAGGUGAUUCCUAGAUAAAAAAAAAACGUUUUACGGACUAAUAUGUGAUAUCUAACUACGUUUGGCGUCUCAAGUUACGACACCGAUUGUUAAAACUUAGGUGAGUCCCCUAAUCUGACAUUUCUUCUAAGCCUGUCUCCGUAAUAAGUUGGCCUGAGCCGUCCGUUGUACGCGUUAAACAAAUUAACUUGACAGAUUAAAAAAAACGUUUUUGUUUUAAUUACCUUAAAUCCAUACGAAAUAAAACUAUGAUAAUACAAACACAAAAUGCUACACCUUCCGGCAAGAACCAUAAACAAGUUUGUUUAUAUGAGUUGGCUAGUGAAAAUCGAUUAAUGAAAAGUAAAUAUAUGCCUAGGAAUCUUCUUUGAUUAGGCGCUAUUUACUAAGAUAUUGCCUUGUUUGUCGUUAGUUAAAACGGGCAUAACUCUCUGCGUAACCUUACUCAGAGAGUUAUAAAAGUUUGCUCCAUAUCAAGAGUACGCAUACGCAUUUAUAGAAUCUCAGUGAAUGUCUUUAAGACAUCGCCCAAGGUGAGAAGAAAUAUUUAACGGAAAAAUCUGAGUAAUACAAAAAAUUUUGAGUGGUUUUCGCAAUUUACAAAUCUUCAAUUUACAAUUUACAAAUCUAUCUUUAAUAGCAAAAGUGAUAACUACACUGCCUUUUUGUUAUCCUAAUCUAAGUGAAAGAUAGUUCUUAUUAUUUUCUUAUCGAUGUUAAUUAUAUAUGUUUACAAAAUAUAUUAAAAGGAUUGUCGAUAUAUUGUAUGAAGUCAAAAAGGUAACAAAUAGUUAUUAAAUUAUGUAGAAUUGUGAGUGAAAAUGUACUUAAAAUCUUGUCAUAUUGAUUAAGUCCGUCCAUUUUAUUAAAUAUUUAAGCGAAAUGUAUACAUGAAAUCUAUAAAUAAAAAAAGGUAGCCAUCUUAUUUUUAUGUCUUGAGCCAUCGUCCGAGGAUUUAAAAGUUUAUCAAUACAAAUUGCUAGUAAGGUGCGAUGCACAUUUUCACAAAAGCUGUGCAAUUAAAAUAUUACAGGAUACUUAGAUAUUGAGAAAAUUUUAAGUUUUCAGCCAUAAGUACCUGGUAGUAAAGUCUCUUUUACUUACAAAUGUAUUGUGAAAAUUGAUUAUGAUAUAAACUCUCAGCGGUGAUCAAAUCUCACCUACGGCUUUAGGUUACGAUUGGCACUUCAACAUAAAAUAUCAACUUGAUAUCUUAAAUAAUUACUAAUUAAAGUACUUAAACAAUUAUUACCAACAAAUUACUUAGGAAUAAAAUACUUGCAAGCUUUUAAAAAAAAAUAAGCAAUGCAGGUCAAAAACAAUUUUUACCUAAAUUCCUAGAAUUAGGUUUAAAUAUUAUUUGUGUUAAAGAUAUGUGAUAUACUUGCACAUUCUAAAGCCAUUACAUUUCUUCCAAUAAUUUAGUAUUAAGUAGAUAAGACAAUCUUAAUUAAUCUAAUAAAUGUCCCAUUGUUAGGAACUGGCUUCCCCACUCAUAGUAGAGAGAUAUAUAGAGUUCAGACGCAACACCUUGCUCAAACGCGGGAUUGCGGGUAGUGUUCUAAUAAUAUUUUUGGUUCAAAUUAUUAAUAAUAAAUGAUUUUGACCAUUGGUGUUUUUAUGUCUACGUUGUAUUAAAAUUAACAUUGUGCCAAAAUUUAAUUUUCUUAAUAGUCUAUCUAAUAGAACGCUUGCUUCAAAAUAAAAAUACUGCACUACAACGGUGAAUCUACACAAAUGAAAUUUUAUUGGUAGACGCGAAAUAUUUUAGCCAAUCAUAACGCAACAAAUUUAUAUAAUUUACGCGCGAAAUAUUCUGGUUUGCUAAUUGGCUAUAGCGUAAUAAUUAGUCUGCCAGCCUGAGUUGCUGUUGUAUUUCAAACAUAAACGUAAAACAACAAGGUCUAUAUUUCAUCGGUGUUCUACAUUAUUGUGAUUCGGCAUUAGAUUCCUCCUUUUUGCACUAAAGAGUAUUUUUAAUGUGAAUUAAUAAUUUUAUGUGGUAAUACUAUACACUACUUUUCUUAUACUGCCAGUGGUAUGUUUUUUUUUAAAAUAAUUUAGUUGUAAAUAUAUUGACCUAUGGAUUGUAAAAAACCUAGCGGCUGAGGCAAGGCGUGGAUGAUGUUUUCUAUAAAGUAUAUGAGUUAAAUUGUACUAAGAAAAAUACGCGUAAGCAUGUUUUAAAUCACCCUUAACAAAUUUUAUAAAUAACAUCGAGUUUAUUAGGACAUUAUUCGACAUGUUUGUUGUUACAUCAAUGAUACGUUUACAAGACGUUUUCGAUUGGUCUCCUAAAACUGAGUUAGAGUUGCAGUUUUUGUCAAUACAACAUUGACAGUUUUCGUUUUGCUCCUUUUGACCAUAAUAACGCAACCAAUUUUUAACUUAAAAUGUUUUUUUUUUCUUGUGUCUGUUAUUAUUAUAUUUUUUACUUUAAUUUAUAUUUCUUGAAGUAAAGCUACACAUCGUAGGUAAUAACAUUUGCAGAUGUGAAGACUGUCGCAGCAAUACAUUAUUUGCAAUUUUGACAUACCCUACUCGUGUAAGUGUCGCUUAAGGCAUUUAUGUAAACCAAAUCAGCGGUGUAUUUUUAAUUUUUAUAGACCACUGAACGUUACAAUUUGACAUCUCAAAAAGAUUAACGUAACAUGCCAUGACACUAUUUAAUAAUAAUACAGUUAACGAUAGUGUUCACUUUACAGAUAAGUUGGUAAAACUUUAGUAGGUUAAAUGUAAUUGUGUAUGAUGAUUAUUAAUAUAAUAAAUUAGAUCUUUGAAGAUCUUUUGAGUGAAUUCUUUUUUGAUAUAAAUACAUUUUCCUUGCCUCCGUUGCUAUGUACGCGUGGGAUUUUGGGCGAUGGGGUGUUGUAUAGUGCUCAAUGUGAAUGUUUACUAUAGACAAUAAAUACAUUUUAAAAUAGUUUAAUAAUAUUUUUUAACAAUUCACUUGCAACAAUUUUUUUUUAAAUUUUGUUUUUUUAACUUUAAAAAUUGUAAGACGUAGUGCUUGUAUCCUCUUUGAUUAUACUAUAAAAUUAAAAAUAACUGUAUAAAA